UGCUUAUCAGCAGUCCAGCGCAAGAACCCCUGUUUGAACAGCCAAGCUACAACACAUAACAUCAUAGUUAUAAUGCGAUACCGCUCGUGCAUUGCUGUUUCGGCGCAAAGCGUGCGUCGGGACGUCACAAUUGCAAGGCAUCCUCGCGGGCCUCGCGUCGCCGCCAUUGUCUACGCCAGCCAGCCACGUGGACCUGGUCCAAACGAGCAUGACAAGAAAGAGCCUCGUGGCGAGGCACACCUGCUCGGCAAGCUCCUCAGGGGCGUGGGAUCUCGGCUGGAACAUAUGGCGGCUUUUCUGAAGCGCAGCGCCGAGCCUGUCCCGCCUCUGAACGCCGAGUCGCAGCUGACGGGACACGGGGCACCGCAAGCACCCUUGGACUCGCCUCCGCUGCUGGCGACUCCUCCUGACCUGAAGCUAGGGGUGGAGCCGACGCCUCCCGAGGUGCUGCCGCGGAGCUCAGACGCGGGUGAUGGUGGUGGAGACUUGCUAGAGAGGCAGGCCUCGACUGCUGCGGCUGCUCCCGAGCGGCCGGUGCCUGACGAAAGCGCGCUGUGGCGGGAGGGGCUGAUCCGUGUGGUGAACGACCUCAUCGCCAAGAUGACCUCGCUGGAUCUGGAGCUGUGGGAGGAGCGCCGCCACUCGCAAGAGCUGCGCGCCGAGAGGGACGCGCUGGCCACCAACCUGCGGCAGGCGCUGGAGGCGCUGGAGGUGAUGAAGCGGCAGCAGGAGGAGCAGACACGGGAGGCAGUUGCCGCCGCCCUGCGGGACGUGGGGCGGGGCGCUCAGCAGUCGGACCGCCCGCUGGACUUCUCGCACAUCGCCGACCGCAUGCAGCGGCUGCAGGAGUUCCUGGUGACGUACACGCGUGCGGUUUCCGACGUGCGGGCACUGGAGGGCCAGAUGGGGCCGGUGGUGCAGGACUCCACAGUGACGGAGGUGCGGAACAUCGAAGUCGGCAUGAUAGUGGUGCGCGGGCGCGACUGGAGGUCGGGGGAUGUGGACGGCUGCAGCUGGGGGGUGGUGACAAAGUGCAACGCCGGGCAGUAUGGCCGCACGCGGGUGCUCUGGAACGCCACGGGGCUGGAGACGGUGCAUGUCACCACACAAAGCGGCUCAGAGCUGCGGGAGGCGCCGGCGUGGGCCAAGAACGGGAGGUAGGGGAAGUGGGGGGCAUGUAAACAUCUGGCGUGGGCUUUUGGUUGUACAGUACGCCGGACCGUCACUUCGGUUUUCCGAGUGUGGUUUACGAAUGUGCGUCCGUGACAGUGCUUGUGGUUCCUAAGUGGCUAAGUUAGCAGUCAAAUCGAAGCCUAAACGCUUAACUCCUGCCAUUGCGCUUGAAUUCAACCUGUUAUGGUGAUGGUGCACGCUGCAAGGCCCAGCCGCACCUGUGACAGACGCCACGCUGCCGACGGGGAGACGCACGCACGUGAUGCAUGCUGCGGACGUGCAACGAGCUGCUUUCGUGCUUUUGGAUUACAAACACAGCUCGUUUAGCGGUGUGCAAGUGACACGCACGCAUUUAGGACAAGGAGGAGGGGCAAGGAAGGAGGAGGCAACGGGCUGGGGCCACUGGCACUGGCCGCCGGGGUGUUUAUAAAAGUCAUUGCCUUCUGCCCGGGUCAUGGCUACAAACCCGUUUAUACCCUUUGUUGCUUUCCCGAUGCUAGGCGGCGAACGAGAAAGGAAGAAAGGAAGAGGCGGAAAUGAGCAGCGGCUGCAUCGAAACUGCUGCGGAUACAGGCCGCGCGCGUAACCAAGCGGUUAGCGAGGGCCACACGUCAGCGCGCCCGCCCAUGCAGCUUACCAGGCUAAGGGCUUAGCUGUUGAAAGACGGCUGGCCCGCGGUGUGGCACUGUGCGUUGUGCACAGUGGAAGCCGGGUGACUGGGUGAGACGCAUGUUAGUUAGGCACUGGUAAGCGGUUAAUGUCGUGUCAUAUGUGCGGCAGUGUGCGGCUCGCCAUCCACAUCUAACUGGAACCCCGGAGUGCACCUGGUGUGCGUGCCGUGUGUUGAGUCAUAAUGAGUUCAUAGCCGUGUGCGGAGCCUUUAUCAUGAGCCUUCCUUUGUUGCUUGUGCGCGGGUGUGCAGAUCUGCAUGAGCAGGCCGCACGGGCCCUUGGUCGGCUCUAAACCCCAACCGGCUCACCGGGCUUGCCGGUUAAGUUGCCGCUAGCGCAAGCUAUGAGUCAGCCCGCACUUACCCACUCAUCUUUCGCACACUGUCAGCGCCAUCCCCCCUACCGCAAAAGCACUAGCCAAGCUCCGCAGUAGUUGUCGUAGGGCUGCCUCUUGGCUGAACAGCAACACACUACAGCUUUCAAUUUGGUUGCCCCCGCUAGCGGCAGCAGUGUUGGCCAACACUAACGCAGUGGGAUUUCUGGGACUCAGUUGCCACGUGGUGACCUAGAUUCGCACAGCCGGACCUGCACUGAAGAUGAAGUCGUGCGCCCGAGAGCAGACUAUUGCCAGGACGGUGAUUGCGCAGUUCAGCUGCCGGUGGCUUUUUUACCCCAUGGUCUUUUUGGACGGGGGGGGGGGGGUAGAAAGCUCAGGUUCUUACCCCAUGCUCAAGGAGAGCAUUAUGCACGUGCUUUUAGUUUGGCAGUACGCCCCUUCUGGUGCACACGCAUGCCACGCCUUCCCAACACCACGUACGUGUUACCUUGCCACGCGGCCACGGCACCGUGCGCCGCCCACCCACCCACCCCGCCCCCCAUGCCCGGCAUGACAAGUAGUGCGGCUGUUGACAACUGUGCCGCGUCUGGCUGCGGUUGGCUCUGCUGUGGCAUCGCGAUCGCUAGACACCUGAGGAUGCGGGCGUGCUGUCACUGCUACUAAGCAUAGGACGCAGCGCUGGUGGGUUGUGUGCGCGUGUGUGCUAGGGGUUCUAGGUGCAACGCACUAGAAUGUGGCAGGCCGUGAUGGGAAGGUGCGGCGUGCCUGUAGUGCGUAAAGGCCGGGCGCGUGCUGGCUGCCACUGCUGCUAACCAUAGGACGCAACACUGGCGGGUUGUGUGCGCGUGUGGGCUAGGGGCGUUCGGUGAAGCGCGUGGGUGUGUGACAGGUCGUGAUGGGAAGGUGCGGCAUGCGUGUGCGCCGAGGCCUGGCGCGUGUUGUCUGUCACUGCUAUUAACCACAGGACGCACCACCGGCGGGUUGUGUGUGCGUGUGUGAUAGGGGCACUACGUGCAGCGUGUGGAUGUGUGACAGGCCGUGAUGGGAAGCGCCAGCGGGUUGAUGCUGAAAAUAUGAGCCUGCCAGGUGAGCCGCAUGUCUCAUAUGGGAGCAUAGGAGUAGGGCGCGCGCUGGCUCUGGCGGCUACGGCGGUAGGUGGCGCAGGGCCUAGCAGCUGCGGCGGCGGUGCAGGGCCCGGCGGCGGCGCAGGACCUGGCGGCGGCGCAGGGCCUGGGCCCAGCAGUGGUGGCGUGCAUGUGGGGGCAGGCAAGGCCACGUGGAGGAGGACAGCGCGGCCCCGCCCGAGAAGCGGCGCCGGCGCGCAGGUUGAGGCCGGCCGGUGUCUAGUUACGGUCUUUGCUGGCGAGCAUAGCACCGCGCAGCAUGUGUUAGGCCGCAGCAGUGAGGAGUGUUGUGGCCAGAGGAUUUCCUGCUGUUUGGUUGG